GCGUCCCGAGUUUGUUAAUCAAGAGAUGGCUUAUGAAGCUAAACAAAAAGCAACCGAUUAUUGGCAUAAUCCAGUGGGACAACCAAGAAGGCAAAAAACAAUGUCUUGUUUUGAGGACGAAGAAUAUGAUGCAAUGGACUCGCACAAGUACUUUGGUCAAAAUAAAGACAGCAGAAAACCAACAGUUUCGAGGUACAAUUUUGAAUCACAAACUGAUCUUGGCCACUCUUUUCCAAAAUGGAGAGUCUCAGCCCCAAACUCAAACAGCGCUUCUGUAAGGACGAACAGAGUUGAAAGCCAAUUGUCUGGAAACGGAAAACGACGAAAGAAAUGGCAAGAAGAUAAUUGUGAGGGAUAUAGAGAUUCAUGGAAAACUAGUUUUGGUACUCCAUCAACGGUGCGUCUUGCUCCUUCGAAAAAACGACGUCUCACGUUCGAAAAGGAUCCAAGCUCAAGAGACGGACAAACACGACUUUCCUUUCGGUGAGAGACACAUGAACCAAC